AUGGCCCGAAACAAGCAAGAGGAUGAGUUUGUCCUGACACUGUCUGACGGCGAAGCCGACCCUACGGUCUCCGACACCGACUCUGAGACUAUUCAGCCCAAGAAAACCCUUAAACGCAAAAGAGAGGUAAAGGACGCGAAGAACAAGAGACAGAAGAGUGGGUUUGACCGGGAGCCUGAGACAGUGAGCGCAUACUCAGACCCAGAAGAUGUCGAUGUCGACGAGCAGGGUGUCAGGGACGACGCCCUCGACCCCGACUUCGAGUUCGACAUUGGCGCGAACACCGUCCUGCAAGACAUAGAGGAAUUCGACGGCUGGGGUCACGAUAUCCCAAUUGCAAAGAACAAAGAUAAAAAAGGGGUUGAUAUUGACGCAAUCAUUGCUCGCCGUGCUGAAAAGAAAUCGAAACCGUCCAAACAUGAGGAACAAGUAGAGGCGGCGGAUUCGGAAGCAGAGGAUGCGAUUUCCGAUGUCGACGACGAGUAUGAUGGUGUCGAGUUACCUGACUUGGGAGACGACGAGCUCCUUGCAGCAGACGUCUUUGGCGCUGAGGCAGAGUCUGAAGGCGAAGAGCAGCGUACAGAGGCCGACGAAGAACAACCGCCUGAUGAGGAAGAGGACGACCAGGGCUCCGAUACCGACUCCGUCGCGUCACCAACAGCUCAUCCCGACGAUCUAGCCUCGGACCACUCCGACGUCGCAUCCCAGACCUCCGUUGAAGAUGAUGCCGAAGAGGCAGCCAAAAGAGCUGCCUUCUUUGCGCCCGAAGAGAAGAAUACCCAACCGAAUAUUACGUCCGUGUCUUCUUUCCAACAGUUUUCGCUAUCACGACCCAUUCUCCGAGGCCUAGCAGCCCUGUCAUUCACUACACCAACACCAAUCCAAGUCCGCGCCAUACCCGUCGCCCUACAGGGUCUAGACGUCGUCGGCUCAGCCGUCACCGGCUCCGGCAAAACCGCGGCAUUCCUCCUACCCAUCCUGGAACGCUUACUCUAUCGACCAAGGAAAGUUCCCACGACCCGAGUAGCCAUCCUCAUGCCGACCCGUGAACUGGCAGUCCAAUGCUAUAACGUCGCGACCGCGCUCGCUCGCUACACGGACAUCACAUUCGCACAAGUUGUAGGCGGUUUCUCCCUCCGCGAACAGGAAACGAUCCUCAAGAAACGACCUGACGUCGUGAUCGCCACACCUGGCCGGUUUAUCGACCACAUGCGCAACUCGGCCAGUUUUGCGGUGGAAAACAUUGAGAUCUUGGUUCUGGACGAAGCAGAUCGCAUGCUUGAAACGGGGUUCGAGGACGAAUUGAACGAGAUUCUGAAGACCAUACCGCAAGGUCGCCAGACUAUGCUGUUUUCAGCGACAAUGACAGAUAGCGUGGACAAGCUCGUCAGAGUGGGCAUGAAUCGGCCCGUCCGGCUGUCCGUCGACGCAAAGAAAUCCACCACCGCCGGUCUAACCCAAGAAUUCGUGCGCUUAAGGCAAGGGCGCGAAGAUAGGCGUCUCGCCACGCUCUGCGUUCUCUGUCAGAAGUUCUUCACUGAGCGAACAAUCGUGUUCUUCCGGCAGAAGAAAGAGGCCCACCGGGUGAGGGUCGUGUUUGGUCUGUUGGGCCUCAAAGCAGGAGAACUGCACGGCAGUAUGACUCAAGAACAGCGGAUUAGUGCAGUCAAUGCGUUUCGAGAUGGCAAGACGACGCACUUGCUUGCCACGGAUCUGGCGAGUAGAGGGUUGGACAUCAAGAACGUGGCGACGGUGGUUAACUAUGAAGCUCCGCAGACGCAUGAGAUCUAUCUUCAUCGUGUGGGCAGAACGGCAAGAGCUGGCCGCUCCGGUCGCGCUUGCACCAUCGCGGCAGAGCCAGAUCGAAGGAUUGUGAAGGCGGCGGUGAAAAGCGCAAGACAACAGGGCGCUAAAGUCGUGUCUCGUGUCAUGGACGCGAACGAUGUCGACCACAUGGCCUCACGUCUUGACGACCUCGAAUCCGAGAUCGAAGAGAUUCUCAAGGAGGAGAAGGAAGAAAAGCAGCUGGCUACCACGGAGGCGGAGCUGCAACGCGGUGUGAAUCUGAUCAAGCACCAAGAUGAGAUCAUGGCUCGACCGAAGAGGACAUGGUUCGAAACCGAAAAGGAGAAACGCGAUGCGCAGACCAAAGGCCGGCUGGAGUUGAAUGGUCCUAAUGGCGUGGUGAAGAUCAGGGGCGAAAAGAAAAAAUUGAGCAAUAAGGAUAAGAAGAGGCUCGAUGACGCUCGAGAGAGGAAGGAGGGCAAGAUGUGGAGGAAGGGCAAGGGAAGUGAACAAGCGGCCAAGAUGGCUGUCAGAGCUAAGAAGAAGAGCAAGGCGGGCAAGGCGAAGGCCAAGGGGAAAGCCAAGGGGAAAAGAUAG